GCUCUGACUGAAAGAGCAGCUCAGCAGCCUCAUGCCGUUCAUCCCCACUGAGCAGCAAACAGAAGGAUGCCACUCAGCAGCCUGACCCUUAGGCUGAGAUUUGCUGGAUUUGCUUUUCAAAAUGGUGAAUGUGUUUCAAAUGGAAUGAUUGGGAAUCCUUGUAAGCUACAGGGGAUCAUCUGAUACCUGUCAGUUCAUCUGCAACAGGACUUUGUGGGAAAGAGGUCAAGUUUGACAGACAAAGUUGGGGCUGCUGUAUCUGUGUGUCGCAAAAAUUCAGCUUUUCCUGCAUGGUACCUGUGAGCAUCUGGGAGCACCAUGGGAUGCACCACCAGCGUGGUUCUCUUGGAGGUGCUGCGUUCCAUCCUUGAGAGAAAUUGUGGCUACAUCAAGGGGGAGGUGGAGCUGGUGGUUCUGGAGGAGCAAGUGGAAACAUCAAGUCUAAGGGGAUCUCAACUGUGGAUUCCCACCAGCACACUGGUAAAGCCAAAGAUCAUUGAGCCUCUGGAUUAUGAGAAUGUGCUCCUACAGAGGAAAACUGAGAUCAUCAGUGAUGUUCUCAGAGACAUGCUGCAGUUCCCCACAGACGACUUCCAGAUCUCCACCCUGCAGCGCCAGGGCCGGACUCUGUUUUCCACUGUGCCAGAGACUGCAGAGAAAGAAGCUCACUCACUGUUUGUCCAAGAGUGUAUCACGACCUACAAGUCUGACUGGCACGUGGUCAACUACAAGUAUGAGGAGUAUGCUGGAGACUUCCGCCAGCUUCCGAAUAAGGUAUUGAGACCUGAAAAACUGGUGGCUCAUGUGUUUGAGGUGGAUGAAGAUGUGGAAAAAGAUGAGGACACAGCCUCUCUGAGAUCUCAGAAAGGAGGAGUGUCUAAGCAUGGCUGGCUUUUUAAAGGCAACGUCAACGGUGCAAUCACUGUUACAAUGCGGUCCUUCAAGAGGAGGUACUUCCAUCUGGCUCAGCUGGGGGAUGGGUCUUACAACCUCAACUUCUACAAGGAUGAGAACACCUCCAAAGAUCCCAAAGGAACCAUCUUCCUUGACUCAUGCAUGGGAGUUGUUCAGAACAGUAAAGUGCGUCGAUUUGCCUUUGAGUUGAAGAUGCAGGAUAAGAGCACAUUUCUGCUGGCUGCAGACAGUGAAGCAGAGAUGGAGGAGUGGAUCACUACCCUCAACAAGAUUCUCCACAGCAGCUUUGAACAGGCCAUGCAGGAGAAAAAAAAUGGCGAUCUGAAUGAUGCAGAUGAGGAACAUGGAAAAACAGAACUUUCCACUGGAGAUUUUCAAGAAACCUUUCAGACUGCCAGAGAUAUUGAAUCUAAGAUGAGAAGUGAAGCUCGCCUCAAGCUGUUCACUCUGGACCCUGACACUCAGAAACUAGACUUUUCUGCCAUUGAGCCUAAUGUGCAACAGUUUGAAGAGAAGUUUGGGAAAAGAGUCCUGGUCAGCUGUCAUGACCUGUUGUUUAACCUGCAGGGCUGUGUUGCUGAGAAUGAUGAAAGGCCAACAACUAAUGUGGAGCCGUUCUAUGUGAUCCUGUCCCUCUUUGACGUCCAGAACAACAGAAAGAUCUCGGCCAACUUCCAUGUGGAUCUCAACCACCCUUUGGUUCGACAGAUGACAUCCAGUCAUGGUAGUGGAUCCAACCAGCAAAUCAGUGGCAGCAGUAAUGAUAGUGUUUUGGAACACAGGUUAGCUAGUGGGCUCCCAGAGGGGGCUGUCCGGUAUCCCAAACAGGGUAUAUUCUCAGUCACCUGCCCCCAUCCAGAAAUCUUCCUAGUGGCCAGGAUUGAGAAGGUCCUACAGGGAGGGAUCGCCCAUUGCACUGAACCCUACAUGAAGAGCUCUGACUCUGCUAAGAUGGCUCAAAAGGUGCUAAAGAAUGCCAAGACAGCUUGCGGCCGACUGGGCCAGUACAGGAUGCCAUUUGGCUGGGCUGCAAGGCCUGUGUUUAAAGAUGCAUCAGGCACUUUAGACAAAAGUGCACGAUUCUCAGCUCUUUACAGACAGGACAGCAGCAAGCUGUCAGAUGAGGACAUGUUCAAACUGCUUACCGACUUCAGAAAACCAGAGAAAAUGGCUAAGCUCCCUGUGCUCUUAGGGAACUUGGAUGUAACAGUUGACAGUGUGCCCCCAGAUCUAACCAAUUGUGUCACUGCCUCCUACAUCCCUGUGGGGAACUUUGAAGGAAACGGGCAAAGCAGUGCUCUUCUGGAAGUGGAGGAGUUUGUGCCCUGUAUUGCUAAGUGUUCCCAACCAUUCACCAUCUAUAAAAACCACCUUUAUGUCUAUCCAAAACACCUCAAGUACGAUGGGCAGAAAUGCUUUGCUAAGGCAAGAAAUAUUGCUGUUUGCAUUGAAUUUAAGGAUUCUGAUGAGGAUGAAGCCCAGCCGCUGAAGUGCAUCUAUGGCUGUCCUGGAGGGCCUCUAUUUACUAAGCAGGCAUAUGCAGCAGUCCUCCACCAUCAGCAGAACCCUGAGUUUUAUGACGAGAUAAAGAUAGAGCUGCCUACUCAACUGCAUGAGAAGCAUCACCUUCUCUUCACCUUCUAUCAUGUGAGCUGUGACAGCAACAGCAAGAAGAAAGACGUGGUGGAAACUCCAGUUGGCCAAGUAUGGCUGCCUCUACUAAAGGAUGGCAGAGUUAUCACGAAUGAACAACAACUUCCUGUGGCUGCCAAUCUACCUGCUGGGUACCUCAGCUCCCAGGAUGGUGUGAACAAGCACUCUGGGUUGGAGAUCAAAUGGGUGGAUGGAGGAAAACCCCUUUUCAAAGUCUCAACUCAUCUUGUAUCCACAGUUAACACUCAGGAUCAGCACUUGCAUAACUUCUUUCACCACUGCGAAAGCAUGGAGAUGUCAGAACAAGCUUCGGAGGGAGAGCUUGUUAAAUACCUGAAGAGUCUCCAUGCAAUGGAAGGUCACAUGAUGGUAAACUUUCUGCCCACCAUUCUCAACCAGCUAUUCUGUGUCCUGACCAGAACCACACAUGAGGAUGUGGCUGUAAAUGUGACCAGGGUGAUGGUUCAUGUGGUAGCACAGUGCCAUGAAGAGGGACUUGAGCAUUACCUGAGAUCGUAUGUCAAGUUUGUGUUGAAGCCAGAACCCUAUUCUUUCACCAAUGUAAAAACUGUUCAUGAGGAGCUGGCAAAAGCCAUGACAGCCAUUCUCAAACCAUCAACAGACUUUCUGACUAGCAACAAGCUUCUAAAGCACUCCUGGUACUUCUUUGAAGGUCUGGUGAAAUCCAUGGCUCAUUAUCUGAUAGAGCACGGGAAGGUUAAGGUCUCCAGGAACCAGCGCUUUUCUGCAUCCUACUACCAUGCAGUAGAGACUCUGGUCAAUAUGCUCAUGCCACACAUCACCCAGAAAUAUAAGGACAAUCUCGAUGCAGCUCGCAAUGCCAACCACAGCCUGGCAAUUUUCAUUAAGCGCUGCUUCACCUUCAUGAACAGAGGCUUUGUAUUUAAGCAGAUCAACAACUACUUGAACUGCUUUGUUCCUGGAGACCCCAAGACCUUAUAUGAAUUCAAGUUUGAGUUCCUGCGGGAGGUCUGCAACCACGAGCACUAUGUACCUUUAAAUCUGCCCAUGCCUUUUUGGAAAGGGAGAAUACAGAGGUUCCAGGAUCUCCAGCUGGACUACUUGCUGACUGAUGACUUCUGUCGAAACCACUUCCUGGUGGGACUGCUGCUCAGGGAGGUGAGUAGUGCACUUCAGGAGUCCAGAGAGAUUCGUCAGAUUGCCAUCCAGGUGCUCAAGGGACUGAUGAUCAAACACACGUUUGAUGACCGCUAUGCUUCCAAAAGCCAGCAGGCCAGACUUGCCACUCUCUACCUCCCUCUGUUUGGCCUGCUUCAGGAAAAUGUUUAUAGGCUUGACAUCAAAGAGUCGUUGCCUCUCGACAAUCGUAAUGUAAAUAACCCACGAGAGGACUCUCCGGUACAGACCUCUAUGGUGACUCCUCAGAAACCUGGCAGCUGCAUAGAGAAUGCUCUCCACAAAGAUGUGUUUGGGGUCAUCUCUGGAACAGCCUCUCCUCAAAGUUCCACUACCAAUGCCAGCUCAGUUCACCAUGCAGACUCCAGAGGCUCUCUGGUCUCUACCGACUCUGGGAACAGCCUGCUGGGCAAGAGCAGUGACAGGACCAACUCUCUGGAAAAGAAUCCGUGUGCAUCAGCCCUGGGCAGCACUGUGCUGCGCUCUGACAAACUGGACCAGGAUGAAAUCAAAAACCUGCUUAUGUGUUUUCUGCAUAUCCUAAAGAACAUGUCAGAGGAGGCCCUAUUUACUUACUGGAGUAAAGCUGCUUCCUCAGAGCUAAUGGACUUCUUCACACUGAUACAAGUCUGCCUUUAUCAGUUCAGAUACAUGGGGAAGAGAUUCAUCGCCAGGAUCCAUGAGGAGGCGGGGCCUGUAGGUCCUGACAGGAAAUCACUGACUCUCCCUGUGUCUCGUAACAGAGCUGGGAUCCUCCACGCCCGUCUGCAGCAGCUGGGAUCUCUGGAGAAUGCUCACACCUUUAGCAACACGUACUCCUGUACGGAAGCAGAUGUGAGCAGCCAGUGCCUUCUAGAGGCCAGUGUGUCUACAGAGGUCUGUCUCACUGUGCUGGACACACUCAACACUUUCAUCAUGGGGUUCAAGACCCAGCUGAAUUCAGAUCUCGGUCACAAUCCCCUGAUGAAGAAGGUUUUCCAGGUGCACUUGUGUUUUCUGCAGAUACCUCAGUCUGAGGCUGCUCUCAAACAGGUCUUCACCUCACUUAGGACUUUCAUUUACAAGUUCCCUUGCACCUUCUUUGAUGGCCGGGCCGACAUGUGUGCCUCUCUCUGCUACGAAAUUCUCAAGUGCUGUAACUCCAAGCUGAGCUCCAUCCGUAGCGAUGCUGCCCACCUUCUCUACUUUCUUAUGAAAAGCAAUUUCGACUACACAGGUCGUAAAUCCUUUGUACGAACACAUCUGCAGGUGGUAAUUGCUGUCAGUAAGCUGAUUGCUGACGUCAUCGGCAUAGGGGGUAUGCGCUUCCAGCAGUCUCUCUCCAUCAUCAACAACUAUGCCAACAGUGACAAGACCAUCAAGCACACGGCAUUUCCUUCAGAUGUGAAGGACCUAACAAAACGCAUCAGGACAGUGUUGAUGGCCACAGAGCAAAUGAAAGAGCACGAAAAUGACCCGGAAAUGCUGGUAGAUCUCCAAUACAGCUUAGCCAAGUCCUACACCAGCACCCCUGAGCUCCGUAAAACCUGGUUGGACAGUAUGGCUCGCAUCCACAACAAAAAUGGGGAUCUUUCAGAGGCAGCUAUGUGUUACGUGCAUGUUGCCGCUCUGGUGGCUGAGUAUCUCUGGAGGAAAGGCAUGUUCAGGCAGGGCUGCUCAGCUUUCCGUGUCAUCACUCCGAACAUUGACGAGGAAGCAGCCAUGAUGGAGGAUGUUGGGAUGCAGGAUGUUCACUUCAGUGAGGAGGUGCUGAUGGAGCUUUUGGAGGAGUGUGCUGAUGGCCUCUGGAAGGCAGAGCGUUAUGAGCUCAUUGCUGAUGUCUAUAGGCUCAUCAUUCCCAUUUAUGAACAGCGCAGAGACUUUGAGAAACUGGCACACCUGUAUGAUACACUCCACCGUGCGUAUACUAAAGUGAUGGAAGUAAUGCAUUCUGGCAAGAGACUGCUUGGCACAUACUUCAGAGUGGCCUUUUUUGGACAGGGGUUCUUUGAGGAUGAGGAUGGAAAAGAAUACAUCUACAAGGAGCCAAAGUUCACUCCACUGUCUGAAAUUUCCCAGAGGCUCCUGAAGCUAUACUCUGACAAAUUUGGCCAAGAAAAUGUCAAGAUUAUUCAGGACUCUGGCAAGGUGAAUCCGAAAGAUCUGGACUCAAAGUACGCCUAUAUCCAGGUAACUCACGUCACGCCCUACCUCGACGAAAAGGAGCUGGAGGACAGGAGGACAGACUUUGAGAAGAGUCACAACAUCUGGCGCUUUGUGUUUGAAACACCGUUCACAAUGUCAGGCAAAAAGCAGGGCGGGGUGGAAGAGCAAUGUAAACGGCGGACUGUUCUCACCACCACCCACUGUUUCCCAUACGUAAAGAAGCGUAUAGCAGUCAUGUACCAACACCAAACCGACCUGAGCCCCAUAGAAGUGGCCAUAGAUGAGAUGAGUGCCAAGGUGAAUGAGUUGCGACAGCUGUGCUCGGCCUCUGAAGUGGACAUGAUACGCCUGCAGCUCAAGCUCCAAGGCAGCAUCAGUGUUCAGGUAAAUGCUGGUCCUCUUGCUUAUGCCAGAGCCUUCCUAGACAGCAGCAGUGCCAAGAAAUAUCCAGACAACAAAGUCAAACAGCUCAAAGAGGUCUUUAGGAAGUUUGUGGACGCCUGCGGUCAAGCGCUUAGCGUUAAUGAGCGGCUGAUUAAAGAAGACCAGCAAGAGUAUCAUGAUGAGAUGAAGGCCAACUACAGGAAUCUGACGAGGGAGCUGUCGAACAUCAUGCACGAACAGAUAAACCCAGUGGACGAUGGUCCAAGGAGCAAUCUGUCUGCUUCUAUGGGCAUCUUCAACACCAUCACUGGCACACCAACCAGUGCCAACCUACAGUACAUGGCUCGACCACCAUAUUCUGACAGAGAUGUUUGACAUCAAAAUUGCUGCUCCAUCACUACUAAUGACUGUUCAAACUACCUGAAGGAUCAGCUGAAAACCUUCAAAGAAUGUAACACUACCUAAAAACAUAAUUUGUUGCCGUUUUUUCUCCUAUUUUAUCUGAUUUCAAAAUUUUCCAGGUCAUAACCUGAAAAAUCAAUUCAAUGUUAUUCUGUUUUAUUUAUAUAGCGCCAAAUCACUACAAGGUGCUUUAUAUUGUAAAGCAGAGACCAUAAAAUA